ACUUCUGAAUUCUCAAUUUAAGAAGAGUACACUUUCAGUAGUAAUCCACCAAUUUACUUCUCUGAUGGCUGUUCAAGGUGCUUCUUCCUCUUCCCUUUCUUCUUUUAUUCAUAGGUGGAAGUACGAUGUAUUCUUGAGCUUUAGAGGUGAGGAUACUCGUAAAAAAUUUACUGCCCAUCUAUAUGCUGCUUUAGUUCAUCAAGGCAUAAACACAUACAUAGAUGAUGACAAGCUUCAAAGAGGGGAAGAAAUCUCACAAGCACUUUCCGAAGCUAUCGAAAGCUCAAGGAUUUCAGUUGUAGUACUCUAAAAAAACUAUGCAUCAUCGAGAUGGUGCUUGGAAGAGUUGGCGAUGAUCAUCGACUGCAGAAAAACAAAGCAACAAACGAUUCUACCAGUGUUUUACGAUAUAGAUCCAACAGAGGUACGACAUCAGAGUAAGAGUUUCGGAGAAGCAUGGGCUAAACUUAAAGAUAAGAUCAAGGAUGAGACCAAGGUGCAAAGGUGGAAAUCAGCCAUUACCGAAGUGGCCGAAUUGGCUGGGUUCACUUUAGGAGACAGGGACGAAUCUAAAUUUAUUCAAGAAGUUGUUCUAAAGGUUUCUGGAAUAGUAAAGCCUAAAUCUUUAAAUCACGUUUCCAAGCAUCUAGUUGGAAUGCAGUCUAGAGUACAGGACAUCCAUAAUAAGCUUCCAAGUGUAGAAGUGAAUGACACUACACGCAUACUAGGAAUCUUUGGAAUUGGUGGAGUCGGUAAAACAACCUUGGCUAAAGAGAUCUACAACUCAUUUCUUGACCAGUUUGAAUAUAGUUGUUUUCUUGCAAACGUGAGAGAAACUUCACAGCGUAAGGAUGGUUUAAUUCAAUUGCAAGAGACACUUCUUUACAAGAUCCUUGGUGCCUGGAGUUUGAAGGUUCGAAAUGAAGAUGAAGGAAUGGGUCUCAUAAAAAAAAUGCUUUGGAGUAAAAAAGUUCUUUUAGUUCUUGAUGAUGUGGAUCAAUUAUUCCAAGUUGAAAACUUACUUGGAGAUCGUGAUAGGCUUGGUGAUUGGCUUGGUUUAGCAAGUUUAAUUAUUAUAACAACAAGAGAUGAAAGUUUAUUAACUAAGUAUAAUGUUCAUCUACAAUACAAGAUGAAGGAAUUGGAUCACAAUGAAGCUCUUCGGCUGUUUUGUUGGAAUACCUUCAAAAAUAAAGAACCGAACCAAGGUUUUGCAGAACUCACAGAAAAAUUUUUGCAUUAUGCUGGGGGCCUUCCAUUGGCUUUAAAAGUGCUGGGGUCAUAUUUACGUAAAAGAGAAGAAAUUAAAUUUUGGGAAGAUGCUCUAGAAAAGUACAAAAGAAUUCCUCCCGAUAAUAUUCAAGACAAGCUUAGAAUAAGCUAUGAUGGUUUGGAAGAAAGUGAAAAGAAAAUUUUCCUGGGCAUUGCAUGUUUCUUUGCAGGGAGGCGUAAAGAAUAUGUUACUAACAUACUUGAUGGUUGUUGUGGUUUCUUUCCCCAUGCUGAUAUUCAAAUACUAAGGGAGAAGUGUCUCAUAACCAUUGAUGAGUAUGACACAAUAAACAUGCAUGAUUUACUCAAAGUUAUGGGCAAAGAAAUUGUUCGUAAAGAGUCAGACAAAGAUCCUGGAAAAUGCACUUGGUUGUGGUCUCAUGAAGAUGUUCGUUAUGUACUUGAACAAAAUAAGGGAACAAACAAAAUUAAAGGCAUACUGAUAGACUUGCCUGAAAAGAAGGGUUUGAUACACUUGAGUCCUGGAACUUUCGAAAAGAUGCCAAAUCUCAGAGUACUCAUAAAUCGUAAUGCACUCUUUUCAGAACCACCUAGUUAUUUCUCCAACGAGUUGAGGGUGCUUGAUUUUAAAAACUAUCAUGGUACAUCUCUUCCAUCCAACUUUAAUGGAAAGAACUUGGUUGAUUUAACAAUGACUAAGUGGAAGCUCAAAUCAUUGGGAAAUAAAUUCAAGAACUUUCAGAAUUUGAAAUUUCUGACUUUGCUCAAGUGUGAUUUCCUAAAAAGAAUAUCCGGUAUUUCGGGGCUUCCAAAUUUAGAGGAAUUGUACAUUUCGGAGUGCAAUAGAUUAGUUGAGGUAGAUCAAUCUAUUGGAUCCCAUAGUAAACUCGUUGAUUUGUCAAUUUGCAAUUGCAUUAAACUUAAUAGUUUUCCAAGUUCCCUCAACUUGAGAUCUCUGAAAUCGCUUUUUGUUGCUUGCGUAAGCCUGGUGUCCUUCCUGAAAUUGGGCCGGAAAUGA